AUGAACUCCAGUCCGUCCAAGUUUGACCCUGAACCUGGAUCCGAACCUGGAUCCGAACCUGGAUCCGAACCUGGAUCCGAACCUGGAUUCGAACCUGGAUUCGAAUCUGGAUCCGAAUCUGGAUCCGAUCCUGAAUCCGAGUGGGUCCUGUCUCUCACCCUCGCUCUCGGCCUCUUCGGCGCCCUAGGCUCUUCCCUCGCCGUCCGCGCGCCCGUGAACGGCACUGACCCCGUCUCGCGCUUUGCCGCCCGCGCCCCAAAGCUAAACAAGCCCUCCUUCAGCUACCUCGACACCGCCCGCGCACUCAUCCGGAGCGAAACCCUUACCGCUGACGAUGAGGCUGACGUCGUCGCCCGCCAGGUCAGCUCUAAGGAUGUCAUCUUCGGACCUAGGACGUUCUGCCAGGGCUUGAGCCCCGGCGGUGGUGAUUCUUGCAUCGAGAUCCCGGCUGGAUGCUUCAUCGUCGCGCCCAAGACCAACACCGUUCCUACGCCCAUCUGCGAAACUGCUGAGGGACAUAACACACCGGUUGAGAAGAUCUAG